AUGGAUCGUUUUCAAGGUAAAAACUUCUACUCCAAAGUUUACGCUAAGCUAGGGGAUGGAAAGUUUAUACAAUUUUGGAUUGAUAAUUGGUGUGGUAUGGAGGCUCUGAGAAUUAGGUGUCCCAAUUUGUUCAAAUUGGAGAGGAAAAAACGAUGUAAGUUAGCGGAUCGUAUUAAACAGUAUGAUGGUAAUUGGGAGUUGGCGUGGGACUGGACCAGAAUUCCUAGUUCGGAAGUGGAGAGACAAGAGUUGGAGACUUUGUUGGGUAUGAUGGAAGGGCGCACCUUGAGUUUUGGUAGAGAUUCUUGGUGCUGGAAUUGGACAGGGCAGAAGGACUCGGACUUUUCGGUUCGUGCUCUGAAGAAGGCUAUGGUGGAAGAAUAUCAGCAGGUUGGGUUUGUUAUGUACUGGAUCAAAUGGGUGCCGAUUAAGUGUAGCAUUAAUGCUUGGAGGGCUGCAUGUCAGCGGAUCCCAACCAAAACGGAAUUAAGAAGGCGCGAUGUUUUGACAGGAUCUGUUACUUGCUCCAUGUGUGAAGAUCAAGACGAAACAGUGGAACACCUUUUCACCGGGUGCGUGGUGGCUAUGGAAGUAUGGGCGAGGAUUGCUGCUUGGUGUAAGAUUCCGCCUAUCUACGCAUUUGAUGUUAAAGAUUUGUUGGAAUUAUAUAAAACUGUAGCAGGGAACAAGAAACGGAAAAAGAUUAUUCAUGGAAUCAUUAUAGCAUCGAUGUGGGCUAUUUGGUUGGCGCGAAAUGAUAAGGUGUUCAACAGGAAGGAGACUAAAGCGGAGGUAAUUGUAGAGAAGAUCAAAGCAAAUACGUUUUGGUGGUUUAAAAAUAGGAUUUCAUGUAAUAAUUUCGUUUGGAACGAGUGGUGGAGAAACUCUAUGUAUUUGAUGUAA